ACGGUAUAUGUGGCUUAGAAUUUUGUUAGAAUAUAAUUUACUUUUCUUCAGAUAGCAUUGCUGCUGGCUGUACCCAGUGUGGGCGGAGCUUGUUAUGAUAGCAUCCAAGAAGCACAAGCUCAAUCAUUUCUUGCCAAGGUGAAUGAAAUGCGCACAAGUGUCGCCAAUGGAACAUUUGAGGCAGACGGUACACUACUACCCCCUGCUAAAGGCAUGAAUAAAUUGAGUUGGAGCUGCGAACUAGAGGAAGAAGCCAAGGGCGUAUUUACUGAUGCUGCUACGUGCCCAAUCCUGUCUAAGGACAUGGCCACAAGGGCAGAAGGAAGUAGUCACAGCUGGAUCUACUUAUGGGACGGCCCCAACGAUGAUGUUCCUGGCGAUGAUGCAUUCAACCUCACAACCAGCACGCCCUUCAGAGCAGCAGAAACGUAUAACCCUUACAAUGACAGCACAUCACUCUACUACAACGCCUCUUUUACAGAGGAUAUCAAUCUCGUCAACGUUGGUUCCCUUUGUUUUUGA